AUGGCUUGACAGUGUUGUUUAUGGCGUGUUUUAAUAAUUUGUCAAAUAAUUGUUGAAUUUUCGGUUUUUAAGGAUAAUGUUAUACUUUAUUGCUUAGUUUCAUAAGUAAAAUUCAAUCAUUUUUUGUGCUUUAUACUCGACGCCUACUGAAAUAUAUCCAAAAUGGAAUCUGAUUCCGCUCUUCACGCUGAAAUACCCGAUGGCGCGGAAAUGUCCCCGUUGGAAGAAAACUUACCUGAAAUAGCGGAAACUUCUGAUAAUAACAUACCGGCUAAUGAUUCGGAAGCAGUUUCUGUGGAAGAAACAGCAGCAAAUGGAGCCCCAACAAGCAGUAGUGAUGUUUUGGAUGUCGAGCCUGGAUUACAACAAGCUGAUGGAGAAGAGCAUUUGUCUGAGCAAGGUCAAGCUGAAGCCGAAGAUGAAAUGGAUAUAGAUGAUACAACCCCAGGGCAUAUGGGAGAUGAGUCUGCCUACAUUGGUGACAAUUGUUUGUCUACACCAGUAGCAACUGAAGAUAAUUCCCCACAAGAUGAAAAUCCAUUGGAUCCAAUAUUGAAAGAGGCCGGUUUAGAUGAGACUGAGGGGGCUGAUGCUGCACAAGAGGAGUCACCAGACCAAUCAAUAAGUUCUGCAAUGCCUAUAGAAGGGGAUGGAGCACCUAUAAUGCAGGAUGAAGAGUCCAGUACAAUGGAUGAAGAUAUGGGCGGAGGUGAAGGGGUGGCCAGUAGUGAUGAUGUUAAUGACAUUAGCAGUGCUGCGCAGGAAGUGCUUAGCACAGGCAUCAGUUCAAGUACAGCAGAAGGGGGUGCAGAUAUAACCAGCAGUGGGCAAAUUGAAGCGGCUCUGAUCACAUCAACUGCAAAUGGACCCGCCACACUGCACUCAUUCUCUAUACUGCCGCAAACCCAGCCCCCUAAUGAUUUCAGCGAUGCGGACACGUCAGAGAUGGAGGGUGCUGCGGACACAAUGCCCUCGGUCAGCGAGUCCAUGCCCAUGCUCACUAUGACCGCUAAUGGUGCUGCCCUGCUCUCACACAAUAUAUUACAAGGCGAGGAGAGCAGUGCGGGCGUGUCGUCGUCUGCGGAGGGCGCGGAGAGUGCAGAGGGGGCGGAAGAUGCGGAGGCUGCGGUGAGCGGGGAGGGUGGUGCGGGCGGGGAGGGCGAGGGUGCGGUGAGCAGCUCUGUGGCGGGCGCUGCGCCUCCGCUGCCGCCCACUGAUGCCGCACACGCCCUCGCCACCCUCGCCUCCGCUGCGUUACACCACCAGCACGAUCAGGCUGAGCCAGAGGAACCUAAACAGAAGAACGACGAAGAUGCCUGGUAUACUGUUGGCAUUGUCAAAGGCACUACAUUUACGGUGCAAAAUUAUAUAUCGGAUCCUAACGUGGAUUUGUCGAACCUGUCGCUGGACAACCUGCCGGAGCUGGGCGGGCUGCCCACCACACCGCUGGAGCACGGCACCGCCUACAAGUUCCGCAUCGCCGCCAUCAACUCCUGCGGCCGCGGAGAGUACAGCGAGGAGUCAGCAUUCAAGACGUGCCUGCCUGGUUUCCCGGGCGCGCCGUCCGCCAUCAAGAUCUCCAAGUCACCGGAGGGCGCGCACCUCUCCUGGGAGCCGCCGCAGGUCGCUGCUGAAGGCAUCUUCGAGUACUCCGUGUACCUCGCCGUGCGCUCCAACACCCAGCCCAAGGAGGCGGCAAAGUCGCAGCUGGCGUUUGUGCGCGUGUACUGCGGGAAAGCGAACACCUGCGUGGUGCCUGUAGCUUCGCUGAGCUCGGCUCACGUAGACUCCUCAACAAAGCCAGCUAUCAUUUUCCGCAUCGCGGCGCGCAACGAGAAGGGAUACGGUCCCGCCACACAAGUCAGGUGGCUACAAGACACAAAGUCGACGGGCGUAAAGCGCGCGGGCGAGGGCCGGCUGCCGGGAGCUUCGCCCUCCAAGCAGCCAAAACAACUGCUGCACUAAUCCGCUAGUUUGUAAAGUGACGAUCCUCACUUAAAUUUAGCAUAAUUAAAGUAUGGACCUUGAUCGAGAGGGAUGCCUUAGCAAAGUAUUUAGUACAUUGUUACAAACAA